AUGAAAAAUUGUGUCGGAGAUACCCCGGCCGCUAAAGGUGAUAAAUUUUAUUUAGGCCAAUGUCCCAAGACUAUACUCAAGACUAAGGAGAUGCAGAAGGUUUCCUAUUCAUCAGUUGUUGGAAGUCUAAUGUACGCCCAAGUAUGUACGCAUCCAGAUAUUACGUUCAUAGUUGGAGUAUUAGGCAGAUAUUUGAGCAACCCAGGGAUAGAUCAUUGGAAGGAAGUCAAACGGGUUAUGAGAUAUUUACAGAGAACAAAAAAUUAUAUGCUCGCUUAUCGGAGAUCAAAAGUUUUGGAGAUCAUUGGGCAUUCCGAUUUCGAUUAUGCUAGAUGCCAAGACACUUUGCAAUCCACUUCAGGCCAUAUCUUCAUGUUGACUGGAGGAGCUAUAUCCUAG